AUGGUGCAGGCAGGCGCCUCUCUUCUUCUCUUCUUCGUGACACUCCUUGCCAUCUUACUGCCUUCACUGUACUUUCUUCGAUUGACAUGGUCGUCGACACCACGACUUCGGCGAGGCAUUAGCUGUUUUCUCCUCUUUCACUCGAUAUAUCUCGCCUACUCUCUCAUCAUCCUGCCACCGCCAAAUAUCUUUACGGCACUCAAUGUACCGCUGUCUACGCCGACUGACUCAAUUCGCAGUCUCUUGUUGAAGAACUCGGACGAGCCAGAGUUGCCAAGGGCCAUCGAGCAGCUUCUGCGGAGAAUGGGGUCAUUUGAGACGAGAACUCUAUACGUUCGAUUCGGUCACGACGUCGUGGCCACUUGCGAAUACUGCCAUUCGUACGGCGAUUUUGCCUUCUUUGCUCUGUCAACUUCAAUUCUUUCCUAUAUUCGCGAGAUUGCAAUUGUCGGGCUCGUGACCAUUAGAGGAACGCAUAGAGAACGACAUCGAACACUAGGUAUCGGCGCACUGAUAUGUGUCGCUGUGAUGGAGGGCUACUGUAAAACUACGCGCAUCAUCCAAAUACCCAAUGAUCCCAAUGCCAGUGUCUUCAUGUGGCACGACAACUUGUUCCUUCUUCGAAGAAUCGUCUUCUUGAUCCUUCCUUUGAUAAUACACCUUGUCCUUCGGCCUUCUCCUUCAUCUCCUCCAACCCAGACGCGUGCAGCCAUGACUCUCCAGGGCCUCGUUACCAAACUUCACCUACUGAAAUAUACCCGCGGCGCCAUCGCGCGAACGCCAUCCCUGCAAGCAGCUUCUCAGGAAUGGUGGUCACGCGAGCACGAUGAAGGCGAAUGGGUGAGGAAUGACAAGGCGACGCAGGACAUGGCUGAGAAGCUUGGGUUAGGUUUCAAUGAGGCAGAAGAGGGUAAGGAGGAAGGAAAGUUGCGGGCGAGCGCCAAGGCUGCGGUCAAAGGGUUAAUGAGCGGCUUUGUACCGAGUGAUUAUUGGGCUCCCCCUCCACGUGACAAAUCGGGCCCCAUGAUGUAG